AUGUCCAACCAUCUUAUCUUUGACUGCUUAUACGAAGUUAUUGAAUAUUUAGAGGAAGAUAAAGCUACUUUACAUUCAUGCUUAUUAGUUAAUAGUGUAUGGUGUAAAAUUUCGGUUAGAAUUUUAUGGAGGAAUAUUUGGAGCUAUAAAUACACCUUGUCUAAUUUAAAGCAAUUUGAUUUGGAAUUAUCAAUCCUCAAAACUUUGGUUUCCUGUCUUCCUGAUAAAUCAAAAAACUUUCUACAUAAUAACGGAAUCUUUAUUCAAACUCCCGAUCAGAAUUCACCAAUGUUCAAUUAUGUGGAAUUUUGCCAAGUUCUCUCAAUUCAUGAAGUUGAUAUGAUAAUCCAUACAUUUUCCAUAAAUUCAUUCAUUACUUCGAAUAUAUCAAGUUACAAUGAAUAUUUAAUAACUUUAGAAUUAUUUAAAAUGUUUAUGAAUCAAAUUCCUUCUUUAAAAGAAUUGAUUUAUACUCCAUUAGAAAAUAUAAAAGUUUCUGAUGUUUCUAAAUUUUUUUAUCAACUAUCACGAAUUUGUCACAACAUACAAUUCUUGGAUAUAGAACUUGAAAGUGAGAUUACUAAUGGAUUAAUAGUAUUUUUAUCUGCUCAGCAAAAUUUGAAAUAUUUGAAAUUAAAAAAUAAUUUAGUAGAUUUGGAUUGGACAGCUAUCAUACCUUCAUUAAUAAAACACACUUAUACUUUAACUAAAUUCAAUUUAUGUGGGGAGGGUUAUUUACCUAUGUCAUUUAUGGCCUCAUUCAACAAUUUAAAAGAACUUGUUAUUAGAUGUUCUUCAGAUGGUGGUAAAGUAGAUUCAAUCGGAGAUUUUAAAGAAUUACAAUAUGUUACCUUUCCACAAUUAAAGAUCUUAAAAUUUUGUUAUGGACAUCCACAUAAAGUAUUUUUAAUAAAAUUUUUAGAAAAUAAUGGAAAAAAUCUUGAAGAAUUUAGUGUAAUAGAAGAGGAUAAUUUUUUGAAAUUUAUUAUUGCAAAAUUUUGUCCAAAUCUUAAAAAACUCUUUAUUAUAUUCGAAAAGGAUGAUUUAAAAGGCUUGAAGUUAAUCUUUAAAAGUUGUAAACAAUUAGAAAGUAUAAAAUUUUGGUGUAGUGAUAAAGAACAUUUUUUGGAUAAAAAUGAAAUGUUAGAAGUUAUUAUAAAAUAUUCACCAAAGAAUUUUUAUGAAUUAAAAUUUUAUG